AAAGCGUUCUAAUGUAUCCAGAAGCAACAAAUAAAGAAAGAAAAGUCGGUCUUCAAUUGAGUGCUUUUCAUUAUUCUCUUCUCUAAAAUUCUCAUCUCACUUGUUUUCUUUCUUUCUAAUUCGAUCGAAAUCGCUUCGCAAUUCGGAUUUUCAAUUCUCCCUCUUUUUCUCUAUUUUCACAGCUAAGGUUUUGUAAAGGAUUUGAUUCAUUGGAGACGAUAUGGCUAAUAAUGCUGCUGCGUGUGCUGAGAGAGCAACCAGUGAUUUGCUCAUUGGUCCUGAUUGGGCUAUCAACAUUGAAUUAUGUGAUAUCAUCAACAUGGACCCUAGGCAAGCAAAGGAUGCAUUGAAGAUAAUUAAGAAGCGCUUAGGCAGUAAAAAUCCCAAAAUACAGCUGCUGGCUCUUUUUGUACUGGAGACCCUUACUAAAAAUUGUGGUGAAAGUGUAUUUCAGCAGAUCAUUGAGCGUGAUAUAUUACAUGAAAUGGUUAAGAUAGUGAAGAAGCGGCCGGACUUAAGUGUGAGGGAAAAGAUACUGAUUUUAAUUGAUGCAUGGCAAGAAGCUUUUGGUGGCCCAAGCGGAGUUUUCCCCCAAUACUAUGCAGCAUAUAAUGAACUAAAGGCCGCUGGAGUUGAAUUUCCACCAAGAGAAGAAAAUAGUGUGCCAUUCUUCACACCUCCUCAAACUCAGCCGAUUGUUAAUUCUGCUGCAGAAUUUGAUGAUGCUGCUAUUCAGGCUUCUCUUCAGUCAGAUGCAUCUGACCUUAGUGUACUAGAGAUUAAAAAUGCUCAAGGGCUGGCUGAUGUUUUGACGGAAAUGCUCAGUGCUUUGAAUCCGAAAGACCCCGAGGGCGUGAAGGAGGAAGUGAUUGUUGAUCUUGUUGACCAGUGCCGUUCUUACCAGAAACGUGUCAUGCUUCUUGUGAACAGUACUGCGGAUGAGGAGCUUUUAGGUCUGGGAUUGGCACUGAAUGACAGCCUUCAGCGAGUACUCCUUCAACAUGACAAUAUUGCGAAAGGAACUGCUAAUUCAGGUGCAAGAGAAGUAGAUACUCCAGUUUUGCCACUUGUACAUGUAAACCAUGAAGAUGAUGAGUCAGAAGAUGAUUUUGGUCAAUUAGCCCAUAGGUCUUCACGAGAUACUCAUACACAGAAUCGGAAACCAGAGUCAGUGAGGAUGAACUCGCUUAUUCCCCCACCACCAGCAUCAAGGAUGCCAGUCUACUCUGGUACUAGCAUGGUUGACUAUCUUAGUGGUGAUGCAUACAAGGCAGAAGGAUCCCUUGAAAACUCAGAACCAACUUCAUUUGCAGCUCCUCUUCAUUCUAGCCCUAAUCCUACCUCAUCUGCUAUUCCUACAGAGUCUUCAACCCAUCCUCAUGCCACUACUACCUCAUCACCAAUUUAUAGCAGACAGCCUAUAUAUGAUGAGCCAUCUCCCAUGAAGACUUCUGAACCGCUGCCUCCAGCUCCCUGGGAUACACAAGCUCCUGUCGUGAUUCCACCCCCACCUUCAAAGUAUAAUCAAAGACAACAGUUUUUUGAGCAACAAGGUUCAUCUCAUUCAAGUAAUGGAUCAAGUUCGUCUACUGACAGCUUGCUGGGACAAACUCAAAAUCUCUCUCUGAAUUCAUCCACCCCAACCAAAGAACAGAAGCCAGAAGAUGCCCUUUUCAAAGAUCUAGUUGAUUUUGCAAAAUCGAAAACCUCUUCAUCCUCCAAACCCAAUAAUAGGUCAUAUUGAGAUAAAUACCCUUUUCUUGUUGCUUAUGUUGGAGUUUAUGAAUUGUGAAUGUUCAUUUGGUUUAGCUUGAGGCGUCCAUUUUGUGGUUGUGUUUAGGAAGCAUUCGGACAUGUCCAUCCAUGUGUGUACUUAGUUCACAUUUAAAACGCUGUUAGAUAUAUUGCAUAUACCCAUAUGUAUAUGGUUCAUACCUAUUUUAUUGACUUGUGUUUUCAAUAAUAUCCUAUCUCUUAAGCAUCA